AUGAAACUCAAGCAACUGUCCCUCGGCAACCGCAGCGUGGACAACAGCAGUCUGAUCGUCCUUGGUACCUCCAGCGCCGUGGACAGCGGCCAAGGCGGUGACGACGAGCUGCUGCUGCCCACCUUUUCAACAGCCUCCAAGGUCAGGGUGGUCAUUACCUUGGCCAUCAUCUUGAUCUCUUCUUACCUCAACCUGAGCGUGCUAUGGGGCGCUCUGAGGAGGAAGGGCAACGGGAGGUCCCAUAUCAGAACGCUGAUCGUCAACUUGUCCUGCGCCGACCUGAUGGUCACUUUCAUCGUGAUGCCACUGGACGCUUCCUGGAACAUCACCGUGCAGUGGCUGGCCGGCAGUCCGGCCUGCAAACUCCUCAUGUUCCUCAAACUCUUCUCCAUGUAUUCGUGCGCCUUCGUCACCGUGGUCAUUAGCCUCGAUCGCUACUGUGCUAUUCUACGGCCUCUGGGCAUCAGCAGAGCGAACGAAAGGAACCGCAUCUUGCUGAUCGGAGCCUGGCUUAUGAGUGGUGCGCUGGCCACGCCUCAGCUAUUCCUUUUCCAUACAGUUUCCAUUUCCGUACCAGCUCCAUUCACUCAAUGUGUGACUCAUGGUAGUUUCAAGGAACCUUGGCAGGAAAAGGUUUACUUUUUCUUCACCUUCCUUUGGCUCUUUCUUCUGCCACUUAUAAUCAUGGUGUUUUGUUAUGCAAGUAUAUUAAUUACUAUUACGAGGAAAAUGACAUUAAAUGGCGAUUUAUUCUUGAAAGAUGCAGAUUCAAGAUGUAGUAAGAACUACGUUCCCAAAGUGCGAAUGAAAGCUUUAAAGCUGUCUGUUGUUCUUGUGAGCACCUUCAUCAUUUGCUGGACCCCGUAUUACAUCCUGGGAUUUUGGUACAACUUUUUCCCUGCCAUGAUAAACAAGAAGGAGCUUCCUGAAUCAAUCAACCAUGCACUCUUUACUUUUGGGAUGCUGAACAGUUUUAUGGAUCCAGUGAUUAGUCGUAUUGGUUAUCUCAGGCUCAGCAACAGUUGA